AUGUCAGAGACAAUUGAUUCAAGAAAGCAACCACCACAAAGUAGGUUAAAACAAUUGACUUCUGGUUCAAGUUGGGUAUCACCUUUUAGAAGUACUGGAGAAGAUGAAAAUACUCAAUCUAAAAAGAAAUCAAAUUUACAUCAACAAUUUAGAGAAGAUAAUAAAAUGGAACAUAUUAAAGUACCUGCUAAAUUUGCACAUCAUCCAACUUUAGAAGCUGAAGCUAAAAAGAAGAAACAAGCAGCUGCUACUACUAAAAAAUCUACAACAACUAAUAAAACUACUACUGCUGCUACUACUAAAAAACCAACUACUACAACCACCACUACAACUACAACUAAAAAACCCGCUGAUACAGCUAAAAAAGUUGAAAAAAAUCUUGAUGAUAAAUCUAAAGAAAAAUUAAUUACUGAUGAACCAAAGGAAAAAUUAUUAACCGACGAACCACAAGAAAAAUUAUUAACUGAUGAACCACCACAAGAGAAAUUGAUUACUGAUGAACCACAAGAGAAGUUGUUAACUGAUGAACCAAAAGUAACAAAUGGUGAAGCUGAAGAAAAAAAAUUAGAAGAUUCUUCAAAAGAAAAAUUAUUAACUGAUGAACCAUCAACUACUAAAGCUCAAGCUGAAGCAGAUGAAUUGGAAGACACCUCAAAAGAAAAAUUAUUAACUGAUGGACCCGCGGUAUCAAAAUCAAAACCAACUGAAGCUGAGAAAUAUGAAGAAGCAGCUGAUAAACAUGAACAAAAAGCUGAUAAACUAAUUAGUGAUGUAAAAGAAGAUAUUAAAAAAUCAGCAGAAGAGGCUGAAGAAGAUCUUAAUGGUGAUGAUAAUAUCAAAAAAUUAGUUAAAAAAGAUCCAAUUGAAUUAAAUGUUGCACCAGAAGCUAAAUUUGAACCAGUUGAUAGACCAAACAAAGAAAUUUUAGAAAAAUUAAAAGAUAAACCAGUUUUAUUAAAACAUUAUCAAGAAUUGAAUGCUACUGCAGUUGGCUCAAUUGCUAAUGAUGUUGAUGAUCCAAAAAAAGUUAUUGAAUUAGGUUCAGGUUUAAGAAUGACUCAACAACAAUUAUUAGAUUUAGCAGCAAAAAGAGUUGCACCAGUUAUUACAUCAAUUAAUAAAGAAGUUUCCAAAACUAAACAAGAAGAUGAAAUUAAAAAACAACAUAUUUUAGAUCAAAAAGUUAAAAAACAUGAAGUCAAAUUAAGAGGUGAAUUUGAAAAAUAUGCUGCUAAAGUUAGUACCAAACAAAAGACUUUUGAUCAAGAAAUUAAACGUAAAUUAGAUGGUAUUGAAAAACAAAAACAAACUUCAAUAACAACAGCUAAAGAUUUCGACAAGCAAACUAAAAAGGAAAUCGCAACCGCUAAAAAGGAUUUUGAAGAUCGUGAAAAGAAAGCAGUUGAACAACAUAAAACUGAUAAAGAAACUCUUGAAAAAAAUCAUGAUGAAUUACUUGCUACUAAAAAACAAGAAUUAGAAGAUUCAAAAACUAAUCAAGAAAAAACAACUCAAGAAAUUGAACAAUUACAAGAUAAAAAAGUUGAAUUAGAUAAUAAAAAUUCAGAAUUAUCUGAUGAAAUUGAAAAAUUAUUAGCUUCAUUAAAUGAAGAUAAAAUAAAAUUGGAUGAACUUAAAACCAAAUAUGAAACUGAAGCUAAAGCUAUUGAUUCAAAUGAUGUUCAUACUAAAGAGUUAAAUGAUAAAUUAUCUGGUUAUGAUAAAGAUCUUGAAGCUAAAAAAUCAACUCAUAAAACUUUAACUGCUGAAGUUGCUGCAUUAGGUGCUGUUCUUGGUGCUUAUGGUGCUAAAUUAACUGAUUUACAUUCUGAUAAAGAACAAAGAGGUCAAAGAUUAACUGAUGCUAAACAAAAAUACAAUGAUUGGCAAACUGAGAAAGAUAGUUUAGCAGCAGAAGCAGCAAGAGAACAUGAAAAACAAAGAGUUCAAGCUACUCAAGAAUAUGAAACAAGAAAACAUCAAGAAGAAUUAGAAAGAAAAAGACAAAAAGAAGAAGAAGAAAGAUUAGCUGAAGAAGAAAAACAAAGAAAAUUAAAAGAAGAAGCUGAAGAAAAAGAAAGAAUUGCAAAAGAAGAAGAAUUAGCAAAACAAAGAAAACUUGAAGAAGAACAAAGACAAAAAGAAGAAGAAUUAAAAGCAAAAGAAUUGAAAGAAAAACAAAAAAAGGAAGCUUCAGUCACUUCAGCUAUUAAAGAUAGAGAAGCUAAACAAAAAACUUUAGAAGAAGAAAGAAACAAACAUGAUAGUCUUUACAAAAAGGGUUCAUAUGAAGGUGAUGAAACUAAAUAUCAAGAUGCUCAAAAACAAAGAUUAGAAGAUGAAAUUGUUAAUUUGAAAAAAAUUAAACAUUUAAGAGAAGAAAGAUCUACUUAUACAGGCGAAGAUCCAAAAUCUUCUGAACUUGAUGCAUUAAUUAAUGAAAGAGAAAGAGCAAUUUCUAAAAUUGAUAAACAAAAACAAAAAAUCUUGGAUGAAAAAGCUGCUGCUUCUAAAAAGGCUGAAAAUGAAAGAUUAGCUGCUUCCAAAAAAGCUGAAGAUGAAAAAUUAGCUGCUUCAAAAAACGCUGCUAACUAUGAAGCAUUGGGUGGUUCAGGUGCUGUUGGUCUUGAUUCUGCUCAUGAAUCUCAAUUCAAACCUGUUAAAAAAGAUGCUACUUAUCAAGAACCAUCAAAACAAAUUCAUCCAAAUGCUGAAGAAGAAGAAAAACAAACUAGUAGUAGAAAUGUUGGUAAAAAUGUAACUGCUGGUGCUCUUGGUGGUGCUGGAUUAGGUGCUGGUGCAGCAGCUUUAAGUGGUGGUCAUAAUAAUCCAGCUGAAGAUUAUAGUUCUAGUAAAAUAGCUUCAGCAUAUAAUCCAAAUGAUGCUGUUCCAAAUUUUGAUCAAGGAAUAGGUAAAAGUAAAGAUGUUGAUUUUGGCUCAUCAACAACUAAUAAAAACACUGGUGUUGCUUCAGGUGUUGUUCCAAAAGGUGAUCAAACAGUUGGUGGAGUAAAUGCAAAAGAUGUUGAACCAAAGAAAGAUCAUACUAAUUCCAAAACCGCUGCUGGAGCAGCUGGUGUAAUUGGAGCAGCAGGAGCAGCUGGUUAUAAUUCAGGUUCUCGUCGUGAUGAUGCAUCUUGGGAAGUUCAAUCAGUUUAUGAAAUUAUUUCUGAUGCUGAAUAUGAAGCUCAUAAAAACAAUCCAGAUUAUUUCGAAAUCAGUGAAGCUGAAUAUAAGAAACAUAAAAAUUUGGAAGAAAAAGUUACUUUAAUUGAAGAAAUUGCUUAA